AUGUGUUCUUCCUGGGCGCUUGGGCAAGACAAAGCCUUUGUAAGUGAAACUGUAUUUGUCACUAUUCUUUUUUUUUUCCUUCAACUCGCUUGGACUUUUCAUCCUUUUGUUUCCCAGAGUAAAAAGAUUUGUACAGUUUUGAUAUGGUGCAGAGUUUUUGUUGAUUUAGCAGCUUCUCAAAGUCUGAGGAUCAUUACAUUCUUUGCAACACAGCUUCCUGGGCCGAAUUAUCAUUGUCGAGAGGGCUCCAAGCUCGCCAAGAUUCUGCAUCCAAAGAAUGUUCUUGAAGUACUCUUGAUUAAAUUUCCUGAUGGAGUGAUAUAUGGUUGUGGAGAUCUCAUAUUUUCAUCACAGACGAUAUUCACUUUAGUCUUUGUACGCACAUAUCAAAGAUACGGCACAGGAAGGUGGAUCAAGCAUUUGGCUUGGCUGAUGGCAGUUGUACAAAGCCUAUUGACUAUAGCAUCAAAGAAACAUUACACAGUUGACAUUGUUGUUGCAUGGUAUACUGUGAACCUUGUAAUGUUCUACGUUGACAGCAGACUUCCAGGUAUUCUUCAAGAACUCAAUCAUUCUCCCAAAUGA